UUUUCCAUAAUAUAUAUAGUUCUUAUAAGAUAUGGAGUCCCACAAGAACAACAACAAGAAGAAUCAUCAUCAAACCACAGGUUUAACCCAUUUGGUCCCAUUCAUAAGACCUAUCUCCACUCCAAACUCAACCACCACCGUCUCCACCACAACAACUCCUACAAAACGACCAUCCAAAGACCGUCACAUCAAAGUAGAUGGACGUGGCCGGAGAUUACGCAUUUCAGCCAUAUGCGCCGCACGUGUCUUCCAACUAACACGCGAGCUACAACAAACCAUACCGGCGAAUAUCUCAACUUUGAACGUCUCACUCCGAAGCAGUGGCAGAAGAGCUUCUCAGAACGCUGCCGUUUUUGGGUUUCAGCAACAGCUUUAUAACCCUAAACCAUUCCGUGAAGAAGAACCUAACUCCCUCGAUCAAGAACCUGGUUCAAGCUCACCUAAACCGGGAUCCGAAGCUCUCAAUCAAGAACCCGGUUUAACUCAGUCAAGAACACAAAACAUGAUUAUACCACCUAUGUGGGCAGUGGCGGCUCCAACGUCAGCCUCGACAAAUAGAGGAGUAAGUUCGUUUUGGAUGUUACCAGCCAACGUUCAAGAUCCAUCACAGCAUAUGUGGGCUUUAAAUCCGGGUCAAAUGGGGACAGUACAAUUAGGGUCUUUGUUAGUGCAACAGGCGGCUUUGGGAAGUCAACAACUAGGGUUAAGUAGUGUUGCUGAAAGUUGUAAUAACUUAGGGAUAGUUUCUGGUAGAAGAGGUGGAGAAGAUCACACUGGUCUAGGAAUGAGCAUAGAGCAGAAACCUCGACAACAUCAAGGGAGUGAUACUAAUGGAGACUAAAACAAUAUUAUCGCUGGUUCAUCUUGAAGUAACGUCUUCUUGUUUUUAGUUUCAGUUUUUUUUAAAGUAAGUGUGAUUUAUUGCAACUUUUGUUGGGAAUUCUUAUGUUAAUAUAUGCGUUUUAGAGA